AUGAAAGCAAAAUUACAAGUAAGAGAAACAAAACCAAGGAAAAGCAGAGAGAACAUGAAAGCAAAAUUACAAGUAAGAGAAACAAAACCAAGGAAAAGCAGAGAGAACAUGAAAGCAAAAUUACAAGUAAGAGAAACAAAACCAAGGAAAAGCAGAGAGAACAUGAAAGCAAAAUUACAAGUAAGAGAAACAAAACCAAGGAAAAGCAGAGAGAACAUGAAAGCAAAAUUACAAGUAAGAGAAACAAAACCAAGGAAAAGCAGAGAGAACAUGAAAGCAAAAUUACAAGUAAUUGAAACAAAACCAAGGAAAAGCAGAGAGAACAUGAAAGCAAAAUUACAAGUAAGAGAAACAAAACCAAGGAAAAGCAGAGAGAUCAUGAAAGCAAAAUUACAAGUAAGAGAAACAAAACCAAGGAAAAGCAGAGAACAUGAAAGCAAAAUUACAAGCAAGAGAAACAAAACCAAGGAAAAGCAGAGAGAACAUUUAAGCAAAAUUACAAGUAAGAGAAACAAAACCAAGGAAAAGCAGAGAGAACAUGAAAGCAAAAUUACAAGUAAGAGAAACAAAACCAAGGAAAAGCAGAGAGACAUGAAAGCAAAAUUACAAGUAAGAGAAACAAAACCAAGGAAAAGCAGAGAGAACAUGAAAGCAAAAUUACAAGUAAGAGAAACAAAACCAAGGAAAAGCAGAGAACAUGAAAGCAAAAUUACAAGUAAGAGAAACAAAACCAAGGAAAAGCAGAGAGAACAUGAAAGCAAAAUUACAAGUAAGAGAAACAAAACCAAGGAAAAGCAGAGAGAACAUGAAAGCAAAAUUACAAGUAAGAGAAACAAAACCAAGGAAAAGCAGAGAGAACAUGAAAGCAAAAUUACAAGUAAGAGAAACAAAACCAAGGAAAAGCAGAGAGAACAUGAAAGCAAAAUUACAAGUAAGAGAAAUAAAACCAAGGAAAAGCAGAGAGAACAUGAAAGCAAAAUUACAAGUAAGAGAAACAAAACCAAGGAAAAGCAGAGAGAACAUGAAAGCAAAAUUACAAGUAAGAGAAACAAAACCAAGGAAAAGCAGAGAGAACAUGGGCAGCAAGAUGUGCAGCUGUGA